GUGUGCAUGUGUGUGUGUGUGUUGUUUGUCGCACAGUGCAGUGAAAUCUAGCCUGCCACAGACAGCUCAGAUACAGCAGGACACUUUAUACAAUCUGAACUCAACAACUACAGAUUCUACACUCUCUGUACCAAAGAGCUGUUUUUCCACCAGCUUCUCAUCCACCCUGUGAGGUGAUUUUUCCUCAUCAGAAAGAUGAAAAGAGCAGAGAAUCUUACAGUUAUUUAUUGUCUGUUUCAAGUUGCUCUGUGCAUCGAUUCCUUCAGCAUCACUCUGCCAGAGAGUGUAGAAGCUGUGAGAGGACGCUGUGUUCUCAUACCCUGCACUUUUACAAUUGAGAACAAGUUUGAUACAGACCUCCAGAAAAAUCCUAAAGGAAUAUGGCUUAAAAAUGGCACUGAGGAUCAUCAGACAGUCUUUGACUCCACAACACCGAAAAACCACAAGAUUAAAGGGAAAAUAUCAGGAGAUCUCAAAAUGAAGAACUGCACCACCAUCUUCAACAGCGUCAAUAAGAGUCACAGUGGGAAAUAUUACUUCAGAAUAGAGGCAGGAGAACUGAAAUACAAUUAUACACAAUUUGUUUCUAUAAAUGUCAGAGACUCUCUCCCCAAACCCACACUGAGUCUGUAUAGAGACCAGAUGGAGGUGCAGGAUCGGAGGGUGUUGGUGGGCAGCUCUGUGAGUUUGCUCUGCUCUACUUUUUCUCCGUGUCCCACUCAGACCCCCACAUUGUCAUGGAGCCCCCUGCCCACUAACAGCAGCCAGGAGCAGAACCAAAACACCAGCUUCACCUCCUCUCAGCUGAACUUCAUCACUACUCACCUUCAUCAUGGACUCAGAAUCAACUGCACUGCCACCUACCAGCUGAAGAACAAUGGCACCAAAACAACCCAGCGCUCUCUGGUUUUACAUGUUCUAUAUGCUCCUAAGAAUACAUCAGUGUCAGUGUCUCCGUCUGGUCCAGUGAUGUUUGGCAGUUCAGUGUCUCUGAACUGCAGCAGUGAUGGAAACCCAGCAGUGAACUACACCUGGUACAGAGAGAAUGGAGAGCAGAUAGAGACCGGACCCUCUCUCACCAUCAACAAGACUGAUGAUACACACAGUGGUUUAUACUACUGUAGAGCUCAGAACCAACAUGGAGCUCAAAACUCAUCUGUGCAGCUGCACGUUCAGAAUUCUCCUCAGAUCUCUCUCUCCUCCCACUGUAACAGCAGCAGUAAAGGUGGGAUCGUGUGUGUCUGUGAGGUUCAUGGACGUCCUGUUCCUAAACUGGAGUGGCGUCUGUCUGGACAACCUGUCCCACCCUCUAAGGACCCAUCCAUCAGGGAGGAGUCUGUAGGCAGCACAGGCCUCAAGAGCUUCAUCUAUAUGCAACAAUCACUUACAGGCACUCUGCAGUGUAUCAGCACCAACAGGCUGGGCAGCACCUCUCAGCUGUUCUACUCUGUGGCUACUUUUCAUGGCUCAUCUGCAGGUCCUUUCCACAUUCCCUCUGUGCUGGUCGGUGCUGCUGUUGGAGCUUCUGCAGUGAUGAUCCUGUGUACAAUAUAUUUGUGUGGAAGGAGAACGCAUCACAAACCUCCACAAGAAGAAACUGCAGGACUCGUUUUAAAUGAUAGGGCUGUUUGUCAGGAUGAGCAGGAGGAGGAGUCUGUAUAUGCCAACAAAAACAUAUUAUCACCCAACCUGGACAUUCUCCACUACUCCACCAUCUACUUCCCAAAUGCUGAAAAAGGGUCAGGCGAAAUCAGGGGUCUUUCCUCUCUUACGCCUGAUUACGCCGCCAUCCAUCACAGCUCGAGAGAAGACCCUGAGAGAGAGACCACAGAGGCAGAAAACUCAGCUGCCACUGAGGAAGAACAAAUCAAACCGGAGACGGUGAGUGGAGAAGAGAUCAUCCAGCCCGCAAACGAGGAGACAACAUAUGGAAACAUCAUCCAUCACAAGACCCCUCAGUCAGAUUUGGACCCUGGUGUGGAAAAAGAGCAAUCAGAGACAAAACCAACAGAACCAGAGCAGUAGCAGUAGACGUAGAUGGAGCUGAAGGUGUUUAUGCACAAGCUGAACCAGAACACAGUGUCAGAGAGAUAAACGCAUGAGGCAGCCUGGCUUGCAAUUUCUUCAUAUAGGUAAAAGCAAAAUGGUUGCACUUUAUUUGCAGGUUACCUACAUAGAGACUUCAUAACACAUGCAUAAGCGUUAAGUAACAUAUUUACAAAGAAAUACUUAAGUAUUCAUCAACAGCUUAUGCCAGUUUUUGCAAGAGAACAGAAGAUGUUUUAUGAAGUAAAUGACAUUGUAUUGACAUAGGUGGCCCCAAACUAGAGUGAAAUAUUUAUUCCAUUUACCAUCUUGUGCAAAAGUUUGGGCACCCCUGGU